CCGCGCGGGCGGCGGGCGCCGCUUCGCUGGGGCCGCGGGGCGGAGGAGGUCGGAGGCGGUUGCUCUUGUAUUUCCCAUCGCCUCGAGCGGAAGCGGGCUUGGAGCCCCUCGAGUUGCCGCCGCGCGAGCUCCCUCCGCGCCUCACCCGCGGUGCGGGCGGGGGUUUCACGGGUGGGCGAGGGCGGGGGAGGGCGGCGAAGGGCUGCUCUCCUCCCCCGCCGCGCCUGCCUCUUGCACCAAGCUGAUAGCGGUGGCGAGGCCGCGGCGGCCUCCCGCAGCCAAAGGAGCGGGCCGCCCUGAAACGGGCGCAGCUGCCCUCACGCCGCGCCUCGGGAAGCGGGCCGGGCGCCGCCGCGCUCAGGCGCCCUGGUGCGCGCAGCCGGCUCGGGGCUGCGCCUUGCCGCGGGGCUGCCGUGCCUCUCCGAAAGGAGAGGGGCUUCGGAGCCGUGCCUUCGGGCUCGAGGGCCCCUGCGCGGUGACGAGAGGGGGCCACGAAGCGCUGUUAAUGUCAGCCUUGUUUCCUGCAGUCUGCCCGGUGCUUUCCUUAUUCUUGUAACUUGAAGAAAUGCUCUUGCAUUAAAAAAAAAAAAUCUUUUUGCUCAGGGCGAUAUAUGCCAGACAAGUGCAGUGGGAGAACAGAAAACUUGGGCUGUGAUUCUUAGUUCAGUCAUGUGUAAGGCUCCAUGUGUACCUGCACUGGUUUUAUUGUCCUUUAGACUAACUUUGAGCAAGUCAAACUGUGUGCCUUUUGGACUGGGUGGCAAAUUUCUUGUCUGCACUGGGUCACUAACUGAUAAAUCAUGUGUAUCGUUGACUUUUGCUGUACUUCAGCAGUUCCUAAUUUUUGCUGUCUUAUAGUCAAUACUGAUGUAGUAACCUGUUGCAGGUAACAUUGUAUCUUGCUCUCCUUGUUGAUCUGCUCUAAAACUAAUGUGUUGGGAUGAUUCUUAGGCCCUAUGUUCCCAUCCUGUGGCUUGCAAACAAUUGCUACUCAGCUUUAAAAGUACCUUAAAGCUUUAGUUACUUGUUUGUUCUACAGAUGUUGCAUAUGUCAGUUUGCUUGCUCUUUUUUCAGAUCAAUAUGAAAGCCCUGUAUUGUCAGCAGAAUUCACCUGGAGAGGAAAUGACAUUUGUCUUCCAGGAAAGAGAAAACCUCCCUCCUACAGGAGAUAAUGAUGUGAAAAUACAAGUUAGAGCCUGUGCACUGAGCUGGAUAGAUACAAAGCUUUUGUCAGAAAUGAAAUUGGAGAAGGAACUCUUACCUGUAGGUCGAGAAAUUUCUGGAAUUGUGCUGGAAGUUGGAAGGAAAGUGUCCUUUUUUCAGCCAGAUGAUGAAGUAGUGGGAAUUUUGCCCCUGGAUUCUGAAGAGUCUGGUCUUUGUGAAGUUAUUCUAGUUCAUGAGCAUUAUUUGGUUCGUAAACCAGAAAAAGUUUGUUGGGUUGAAGCAGCAGGGACUGUUCGUGAUGGUGUCCGAGCGUAUACAGCCUUACACUACCUUUCCCAAGUCUCGCCUGGAAAAUCUGUACUUAUAAUGGAUGGAGCAAGUCCAUUUGGUACAAUAGCUAUUCAGUUAGCACAGCAUAGAGGAGCUAAAGUAAUCUCUACUGCACAGAGUCUUGAAGAUAAGCAGUACCUGGAGAGGCUUAGACCUCCUGUGGAAGGUAUGCGGCAGCCUUUAGUAGCUCGAGUGAUUGAUGUGUCAAAUGGAAAAAUCGAUGUGGCAGAAAGCUGCUUGGAAGAAACAGGUGGCCUAGGGGUGGAUAUUGUUCUAGAUGCUGGAGUGAGAUUAUAUAGCAAUGAAGAUGAAUUAACAUUAAAAGCACAGUUGCUGCCUCAUAAGCACGAUAUCAUUACACUUCUGGGUGUUGGGGGACACUGGAUAACUACAGAAAAAAAUCUUCAGCUGGAUCCUCCAGAUAGCCAUUCCCUGUUUCUUAAAGGAGCCACAGUCUCUUUUCUGAAUGAUGAGGUAUGGAACUUGUCAAAUAUACAGCAAGGGAAGUAUCUUUGCAUCUUAGAAGAUAUAAUGGAAAAAUUAUCAAGUAACAUUUUCAGGCCUCAGCUGGAUGAACCAAUCCCAUUGUAUGAAGCCAAAGUUUCUAUGGAAAUGGUUCAGAAGAAUCAAGCAAGAAAAAGACAAGUCAUCCAGUUCUGACACACAAUUUCCUGAUUUCUAAGCCUGUUGAAGAUGAAGAAACAAUGUGUUUGAAAAGUAAAUUACUGUACAUUUUCAAAUAACUCUGUUUACAGAACUUUUAAAUCUUUUGUACAUCUGCACAAAGGGUCUGUGAAGCUUCUGAGACUUCGGUGUUUCCAUCAGCAACUUCUAAGGAGACAGUCUUGACAAAAUCUUGUGUGUCCCUGGCCCCAUGACAAAUACCGGUAGUAUCUUAAGGCAACCUCAGUCGCUGAUCAUCCACAAAAAGAAAUUAAAGGAAAAAUAAUUUGGUGUUGCUUAUUAGUUCUCCCUUCUCUAUCCCCCUGACAGGUAGCUGCCUCUACUCACUCUUUGAGGCUGAGCCUUUAGUAUACUACAAAGUCUUUAUUCUGCUUUUUUUGUUGUUGUUGUUUUUAAUUGUUUUUGUUAAUUGAGAAACAGGGUGACAAAGCCAUCAUAGACAGCAAGGAUGCUGGAAGGGAAGGAUAUGGCACUGACAUUAAGGGGUUUCCCCUCCAUCACUGAUUUUUUUUUUUUUUUCCUCCUCUUCCUUUUAGCAAGGAGAUGUGGUAAACCUGACUUAGUAUCUAUAGUCCAUAAGUUGAUGCAAUCAUGCCUUUUAAAUAUAUCUUCAUUAGGACAGUCAUGAAUAAACCCUGAAUGACACCUGACUUUUAUCAUGUUUGAUGCACUUUAUAUAAUUUGUUACUGUGAUGUGUGUGGUCUCUUUCCAGUUAGACCUUUGUAUUCUGUGUGCUUUUUACCUCCCCUCUUUUAACCUGUCCAGUACCUAGCAUAGCUCAACUCUGUCUAUCCAGCAUCCUGCUCUUACCACGCACCACCUGAAAAUCAGUACGAGGAAAGAAAAUGCUGUUUUCCAGCAGGUCGGACCUGUGCUAUUCAUUGUUACUUCUGCGGGGCCCUUUGAGCCAGUGAACAGGUUAGAAACAAAUCCAUACAUUUGAGCUAAAAUGGAGUAUCUAUAACCACAGUAUGUAUUUUCUUUCAAUCACUGGGCUUGAAGUAGGUUCUUAGUAAAUGGUGCAAGGUUUAUAACAAUCAGAAGAAAUCGUAUUUUACUGUUACUAUAAUGCACUUUGAGAAUAAGUAGUGCUUUUAUUUUAUAUAUAUAGGUAUAAAGUGACACGUGAAACCUCUUA